UUGCGUAGCUAAUGAGCGACAUUUUUUUCGCUACACCGGUAAGCACUUUGAUAACUUUACUUUCAGUUUGACUGUCAACAUGGCUGGACUACUAAGAUUUGACGGAAAGGUUGCACUUAUUACAGGGGCAGGACAAGGUCUUGGCAGAGAGUAUGCUUUGUUGUUUGCAGAACGAGGAGCAGCUGUUGUUGUGAAUGACCUUGGAGGAAGUUUCAAAGGUGAAGGUCAAAGUACAAGAGCAGCGGACAAAGUUGUUGAGGAAAUCAAAGCCAAAGGAGGGAAAGCAGUAGCAAACUAUGACUCUGUAGAAUUUGGAGAAAAACUUGUUGAAACGGCAAUCCAGAACUUUGGUAGAUUAGAUAUUGUUGUCAACAAUGCUGGUAUUCUGAGAGACAAGUCUUUUGCUAGAAUCAGUGACUUGGAUUGGGAUUUGAUUCAUAAGGUGCAUUUAAGGGGAUCAUUCUCAGUGACUCGUGCAGCAUGGCCUCACAUGAAGAAAAACAACUUUGGAAGGAUCAUCAUGAUAUCCAGUGCUGCAGGUAUCUAUGGCAACUUUGGACAGGGCAACUAUAGUGCAGCCAAACUUGGCCUUGUGGGAUUGAGUAACACCCUGUCUAUAGAAGGAAAGAAGUACAACAUUAAAUGUAAUGCUGUUGCACCAACAGCAGGGUCAAGGAUGACAGAAACUGUUAUGCCACCUGAGCUUGUUGCUGCAUUGAAGCCAGAGUAUGUAGCUCCACUUAUAGUGUACCUGUGUCAUGAAGAUACAGAGGAGACAGGAGGACUAUUUGAAGUUGGCGCAGGAUGGGUCUCCAAAUUGCGUUGGGAGAGGACAAAUGGAGCUGUAUGUAGGACAGCAUCUACAAAAAUGACUCCAGAAUCAGUCCGAGAUGAAUGGCAGCAGAUAACAGACUUUGACAAUGCCACAUAUCCACAGUCAGCAGCAGACACCACUCGCCAUCUGAUUGGUAUACUUAGUGACCUUGAUGGUGGGUUGGGUGGAAAAAAAUCUACAAAAUCAACAUCAUCAUCUUCAAAUGGGAUCAAUGUGGAAUUGGCUAAAGCAGCUAAGAUUAGACCAUCUACAUUCACAUAUGGACCAAAGGAUGCUAUACUUUAUGCCUUAGGAGUUGGCUAUACAACAAAGGAUGAGGAUUACCUAAAGUUCCUGUAUGAAGGAUCAGAAGAUUUCAGUAUAGUGCCCAGUUUUUCCAUACUUGCAUCACAAGCUAGCUCUGCAGGAAUCUUUACAGGUGGAAUACCUGGGCUCAGUGUAGAUGUAACAAAGAUUUUACAUGGAGAGCAGUACAUGGAGCUAUAUAAACCAUUCCCACCCAAUGGCAAACUGACAUCCCAAGCCCGUGUUGUGGAUGUACUUGAUAAAGGGGUGGGAGCAUUGAUUCUGAUUGAUGUGGAUACAUAUAAUGAAGCGAAAGAGAAGAUAGCAUAUAAUCAGUCCGCUAUAAUGGUAAUUGGUGCUGGUGGUUUCCAAGGCAGCAAGGCAUCGCCGGCACUCAAACCUAUGGUGAAACCUCCAAAACGAGCACCAGAUGCAAGCAUGGCAGAGAAAACUGGUGUUGACCAGGCUGCCAUAUACAGACUGACAGGUGAUAGAAAUCCUCUGCAUAUUGAUCCUAGUUUUGCAGCAAUGGGAGGGUUCAAGCAGCCAAUUUUACAUGGGAUGUGCAGUUUUGGAUAUGCUACCAGACAUGUAAUGAAGACAUAUGCUAAUAAUGAUGUGUCCAAAAUUAAAGCAAUUAAGACACGGUUUUCCAAACCAGUGUUACCUGGAGAAACAAUACAGACAGACAUGUGGAAAGAUGGUAACAGAGUUUACUUCCAGUGUAAGGUUGUGGAGACAGGUGUACCUUGUCUGACUGGAGCAUAUGUUGAUCUUUAUGAUGGAGCAACAGAAGCUAAAGUAACAAGUCAGCCAAGUGGAGGCUCCAACAUGAAGAGUAAUGCAGUAUUUGAGGCAAUGAAACAACAGCUGGCAGGCAAGAAAGACCUCGUGAAGAAGAUUAAAGCUGUAUUUGGCUUUGAAAUUACCAAAGAUGGGAAAACUGCUGCUGAAUGGACGGCUGAUGUGAAGAAUGGAGAUGGUGCAAUUUACCAGGGGAAGCCAAAGUCUGGGAAAGCUGACUGUACUAUUGUCAUAUCUGAUGAUGAUUUUGUGGACUUGGUGUCAGGAAAACUAAAUGGACAGACAGCAUUUAUGCAGGGAAAGAUGAAACUUAAAGGCAAUAUGAUGCUAGCGCAGAAAUUAGGAGAUCUUUUCAAGGAUCAGGCAAAAUUGUAAAAAUGGAGAAUAGUGCACAGGGAUAUUCUGAAUGAAGUGCAAAAGACAGAAGUUUGAUUCAAGUCUGUGAUAAUGCUGUUCAUUUUAUAUUUAACGUUGUGUGCUAUAAGAUACUUAAGGAAAAUUAUGUUACUGCUAGUAAGCAUUUCUUACGAAAAUCAUGGUACUAUUAUAUGAAAUUAUACUGAAAAUCUAUGUAGGAAAUUACAUAGAAAGAUGAUACCAUUAUUUUUACACCUGUCCAGAUUUUCCCUAAGUACAUGAUAUUGAAAAAGAAUAUAAUUACUUACAUUAUUAGAUAUAGUAUUGGAAAUUAAAUCCAUUACUAAAAAAACACUUAAAUUUCCUAUUAUUGAUUACAUAAUAAAGUGAAAUCAAAUGUAUGAAUUUCUUACUGCUUUUACUCAGACUACACAGUUUUUGUCAGUAUCAAAUAAAGUUCUGUUAUUAUACGCCCGAAGGGACGUAUUAUGUUAUGACGCCGGUGUCCGUCUGUCUGUCCAUCCGUUAGCAAUUCCAUGUCCGCUCUGUAACUGUUGAACCCCUUGAAGGAUUUCAGAGACACUUGGCACAAAUGUUUACCACACCCAGACGACAUAGCGCAUAUUUCGGAUGGCUCGCUUCAAGGUCAAGGUCACACUUGGUUCUGGUUCUGUAUAUGUUAUUUGGAAACUUUUAUUCAUGCAUUAAUAAUAGAACAUAGACAUUUAAAAUCAAGACUUAUAAACAUAUACCUAAAAAUUGAUUUCCCUCUUAAAAACAUUUUUGAUCUAUCAUCUUUACUGGAUAACUCAAAUAAAUACAUGGCUAGCCAUACAGGUAUCCUUAAGGGGAGUGGUUACUGGAUGGAGGAAGAGACUCUAUUGUAUUCAAGUUAGUGUAUUUGACAGGUUUUUUUACGAAUAAAUAUCAUAUACUAUAAUAAAAUAUUACAUAACA